UCUACUUCUCUUCCUAUGCUUUUUUGCAGUGAAAAUCUAUUACAUUGAUGAUUACUUAACCCUUUCCUUUUUCUGUCAACUUUUCUAUCCACAUUUUUUCACCUCUUCCUCCUUUAAAACUCAUUUUUCAGUGUUCACCAGAUUUUUUUUGGUGAGAUUUGAAGUUGUAAACAAUGUUUAUGCAUUUUCUUCUUCUGCUUCUUUUUACAGUGCCAGUGUUCAAUGUUGCAGCUGAUGAAGAACCAUUCAUUGGAGUCAACAUUGGUACAGAUCUUUCAGACAUGCCUCACCCUACUCAAGUAGUUGCAUUGCUCAAAGCUCAACAAAUUCGACAUGUUCGACUUUAUAACGCCGACCAAGCUAUGCUAACUGCAUUAUCAAAGUCAGGAAUUCAAGUUGUUAUCUCUGUCCCAAAUGAAGAGCUCUUAGCAAUCGGUCAAUCAAAUUCCACAGCUUCGAAUUGGGUUUCUCGCAAUGUGUUAGCAUAUUAUCCAUCCACAAAUAUCACAUCUAUUUGUGUUGGUUCUGAGGUUUUAACCACACUCCCAAAUGCAGCAAAGCUCUUAGUCAAUGCACUUAAGUACAUCCAUUCAGCCCUUGUCGCGUCAAAACUCGAUUCCAAAAUCAAAGUUUCAAUGCCGCUUCCUUCUACCAUCAUACUUGAUUCAUUUCCACCUUCACAGGCCUUUUUCAACACCUCAAUGAAUCAAGUCUUGAUUCCAAUGCUUGAUUUCUUGCAAUCCACUCAAUCUUAUCUCAUGCUUAACGUUUAUCCUUACUAUGAUUACAUGGAAUCAAAUGGCGUAAUCCCUUUGGAGAACGCGCUCUUUAAACCAAUUCCACCAAACAAAGAAUCCAUUGAUUCCAACACACUUCUCCACUAUUCCAACGUGUUUGACGCUGUCGUAGACGCAGCGUAUUUCGCAAUGUCAUAUCUGAAUUUCACCAACAUUCCUGUGGUAGUAACCGAAACCGGCUGGCCUUCAAAAGGUAACGCGAAUGAGCCUGAUGCAACACUAGACAAUGCUAAUGCCUACAACAGCAACUUGAUCAAGCAUGUAUUGAACAAAACCGGAACACCGAAACAUCCUGGAAUUAGUGUCAGCACUUACAUCUAUGAGCUCUACAAUGAGGACACAAAGGCAGGAGCUUUGUCAGAGAAAAACUGGGGACUAUUUGAUUCAAAUGCUGUGCCUGUUUAUGUUUUGCAAUUGACAGGUUCAGGAGCAGUUUUGGCAAAUGAUACAAGUAAAGAAACCUAUUGCAUUGCAAAAGAUGGUGCUGAUCCGAAGAUGUUGCAGGCUGGAAUAGAUUGGGCUUGUGGACCUGGAAAAGUGGAUUGUUCUCCAUUGUUGCAGGGAAAACCAUGUUAUGAACCUGAUAGUGUUGUUGCUCAUGCUAACUAUGUUUUUGAUAGUUAUUAUCAUCAGAUGGGAAAGUCUAGUGAGUCUUGUGAUUUCAAAGGCAUGGCUACUAUCUCCACUUCUGAUCCAAGUCAUGGUUCUUGUAUAUUUUCAAGAAGUUUUGGGAGAAAUGGUAUCUUCUCUAACGCCCCUGCACCGUCACCAAAUUCUUCAGAAUCUUCUGCAUGUGAAUUGGGAGCUAGAAGCUUUAUAAUCAUGAUUGGAGUUAUAAUAUGGGGAGUGGUUUUGCUAUAAGGUUAUGUUUUGUAUGUUAGAACAUGCAUUGCUCUUUUAGAUAUUGUGGGGAAUGGUUUCUUUUUUGUAACAAAUAUGAAUGAUUAAUAUAUACAGUUUAAGUGGUUAAUUAGUUUUAGGUAAAGUUGAAUUGGUAGAGAUUAUCUGGGAAAUUUUUGUUGGAUUUUGUUUCCUUUCUAUUAUUAUCUGGUCGGACCAAAAAGGAGUGAAUUGAGAAAAUACAAUGCCACUUUUUGUUGAAAAUUAUAUGUGUUGGAGGUUACGGCGAAAUUUUAUCAUUUAAUCAUCUUGAAGAUCCCCCAACCACAAUGCUUGCUUCACCUCUUCUGUUACAACCAUGUACUCUAUCUCGGU